UCGAAUCCCUUGUUUAAUUCCCUCCGUCGCCCUCGCUGAGUUUUGUGUUGAUCCGUACAUGGGGUCUGAGCUCUUGGUCGAACCCCUUCUUCUCGAUGCCGCCCGUUUGUGGGGUGCUCUAGUUGAAUCCGAGUCUUUUUUUUUUUCGUAUUCGUGUUCCUCCAUUUUUGUUCUUCUUUGUUGUCAAGUUGCGAUUUUUCAUGCACCGUAUUUGAUUUGUUGUUGGUCCUCUGUGAGAUGAGCGGCUUGUGGUGUCAGUUUUGAGCUAAAAAUCGGGUUUUGCUAGCUUUGGAGUGAAAUGGCUGGUGCUGCUUGGAAUGCUUCUGAGUUGAUUUUGCCAGAAUGUCUUUUCUCUUGAUGCAAGCCAACUGCAGUCUGUUGCAUUUUCUCAAACGGUGCCAUUUUUGAGCUAAAAAAAUUCGAAUUUUGAUUUCUUUGAAGUGAAAUGGUCGUUGCGGAUUUGAUUGCGUUUCAGUCGAUCUUGCUAUAUUUGGAGUACGAAAUCCCUUCAGAGCUCAUUCUACAAUAUGUCUCUUCCCUUUUAUGUGAUCGAACUGCAAUGUGUUGCGUUUUCUCAAUUCAUUUAGGUGGACAAACACCAGUACAUUGACGUAGAUUUGAUUCUUUUACUGGCAUUUAAGAGAGUGUUUGUUUACCUACUAUCCGAUCAUGUAAUAUAUUGUCAAUUGUGUUAUCCAUUAUGAUGUUGCUUCCACCGUUUUUCUUAUUUGUAUCCCACACAUUAGACCUGACUGGGAUCUGAUGAUGGCUUCAUCUUCACUUCCGCAUCCUUGCUGAAAAUUAUUUGCAUGGCCCAGGCCAUAUUCAUCUAAAGUUGAACUGAUGAAUAUCAUGGGUAUAUCUGCAAAAUGGCUUAGAUCGUUGGUUGGAAUAAGGAAACAUGAGAAAUUGCAACAUCCAGAAAAUGAUAAAUAUACUAGUGCCUCUGCCAACAAGUUGAAUAGCCAGAAGGAAAACUAUGUUGGUCUUGAUCCUGCUACAACAGAAGAUGAGUUGGCUCUGGGAUCGGCUCUAUCAACUGGAGAUGCCAAUCUACAGUCAAAUUCAGAUUCUGCUUCCUCUCCUACCGCACAAAUGACAAGUCAAACUCAGCAGAACAUGAGAGAGGAGUGGGCUGCCACGGUUAUUCAAACUGCUUUUCGAGCAUUCCUGGCUAGAAGGGCUUUACGGGCUCUCAAAGGACUAGUUAGAUUACAGGCCCUCGUUAGGGGUCAUGCUGUGAGAAAACAAGCUGCAAUAACUCUUCGCUGCAUGCAAGCUCUGGUAAGGGUGCAGGCCCGUGUAAGAGCCAGGCGAGUUCGCUUGGCAUUAGAAAGUCAAUUGGGAGGUCAAACGGUUCAGGAACAACAAUCACAUGAAGAAGCUCGCACAAGAGAAAUAGAGGAAGGCUGGUGUGACAGUGUUGGCUCUGUGGAGGAAAUUCAAGCGAAGUUGUUGAGGAGGCAAGAAGCUGCUGCCAAGCGUGAGAGAGCUAUGGCAUAUGCUGUCACUCAUCAGUGGCAAGCAGGCCUUAGGAAGCCAGCUGCCUCUGCGGGUUUUGAGCCAGAUAAAAAUAACUGGGGUUGGAACUGGUUAGAGAGAUGGAUGGCUGUUCGUCCAUGGGAGAAUAGGUUUCUUGAUAUUAGUCUUAAAGAUGGGGUUAAAAUUCACGAGAAUGGAACAGCUGAAAGGAAGAACGAAAUCAGUGGAUUGCAGACUCAACCCCAGACUCAGAAUGUACCCAGUGGCAAGAGACCCAUUUCAAAUCUUCACUCGAAUAUCAUAAACCAUAAAUCAGUGCCACUGGUGUCUCAUGCAAGUGGUUUCUCCUCAAGCCAGUCUGCUAAUGUGCUAGCGACUUCUGGUUUUUCUUCAAGCCAGCCAAAACAAAAGCCAUCAUCUGAGGAGGUUUGCAUAGAAACUACAUCCCAAACUUCUGCUGUUGGAGCUCGGUCUUUGAGCAACCUGAAGGAUAGGCCAUCUCCAGUGGAAUCGCAGGUUAAGAAGUUGUCCUUACCAACCAGCGGUCUAGGAGUGGGGAAACAUGCUGCAAAUAAAGUUGCAAUAAACCAGUCAGAAAACAGAAGCACCCUAAAGGCACGCUUAAAUCUGAAGCAAAACACCAUGAAAUCCUAGGAUCAAAGCAUCAAAGGAGCUGAAUUGCAGAUACAAGAAUCCAAUUGGAGUUUUUGAUUCAUCAUCCAGUAGCUGAUCAUAAGCUUUCCUCUACUGGACUGAACUUUUCAUCGAUACAUAUUUGCAUGAUCUGGUUUAGGUAAAUUAUGAUGGCACGAUUCUCUACACCACUACUUUUUCGAUGCUGAAUGUCCGAUAGUGCUUAACCUCAAUAUUGUGAUCAGCUC